UCUUUUUUUAAGCGAGGAAAGAGACGCUUCUCCACGGCGAGGGAAGCAGGCUGUGCGGGCUGUAGAGGCAGGGCCGUGGUGGCGGAGGAGCCCCGGGGCUUGCGUUGAAACGGCUCGGCUAAGUGGAUGGGAUGGAGCCGGGGGCAUCAGGCGCUGUGCCCGUGGGGCUGUACCCCCCUCCCCUGCAGCAGGUGUUCCAGGCCCCCCGCAGGCCGGGCAUGGGCACCGUGGGGAAGCCCAUCAAGCUGCUGGCGAACUACUUCGAGGUGGAGAUCCCAAAGAUGGACGUCUAUCACUACGAGGUCGACAUCAAACCUGACAAGUGUCCACGUCGGGUCAACAGGGAGGUUGUGGAGUACAUGGUGCAGCAUUUCAAACCGCAGCUUUUUGGUGACCGGAAACCAGUGUAUGACGGCAAGAAGAACAUCUACACAGUCCUGGCUCUUCCUAUAGGGAGUGAAAAGGUGGACUUUGAGGUGACCAUCCCAGGUGAAGGGAAGGAUCGAAUCUUUAAGGUGUCCAUUCGCUGGCUGGCAAAGGUGUCAUGGCGGCUGCUUCAGGAGACGCUGGUGAGCGGUCGGCUUCAGGUCCCAAUGGACUCUGUUCAGGCUCUGGAUGUGGCCAUGAGACAUCUGGCCUCCAUGAGGUACACUCCAGUGGGUCGGUCUUUCUUCUCUCCCCCUGAAGGCUAUUACCAUCCUCUGGGAGGAGGGAGGGAGGUGUGGUUCGGCUUUCAUCAGUCUGUCCGGCCCGCCAUGUGGAAGAUGAUGCUGAACAUUGACGUAUCAGCCACAGCCUUCUACAAAGCCCAGCCCGUCAUCGAGUUCAUGUGUGAGGUUCUGGACAUCCGCAACAUCGACGAGCAGCCCAAGACUUUAACGGAUUCCCAAAGGGUCCGCUUCACCAAGGAGAUCAAAGGCCUGAAGGUGGAGGUGACGCACUGCGGUCAGAUGAAGAGAAAGUAUCGAGUGUGUAACGUAACGCGUCGUCCUGCAAGUCACCAGACGUUUCCGCUGCAGCUCGAGAGUGGUCAAACAGUGGAAUGUACAGUGGCGCAGUAUUUUAAACAGAAGUACAACCUGCAGCUCAAAUACCCUCACCUGCCCUGCCUGCAGGUGGGCCAGGAGCAGAAACACACCUACCUGCCUCUAGAGGUGUGUAAUAUAGUAGCUGGACAGAGGUGCAUAAAGAAACUGACCGAUAAUCAGACGUCCACCAUGAUCAAAGCCACGGCUCGCUCGGCACCGGACAGACAGGAGGAGAUCAGCAGACUGAUGAAGAACGCUAAUUUCAAUCUGGACCCCUACAUUCAAGAGUUUGGGAUCAAGGUGAAAGACGACAUGGCGGAGGUGACGGGCAGAGUCCUCCCAGCGCCUAUCCUGCAGUACGGCGGCAGGAACCGGGCCAUAGCCACACCCAACCAGGGUGUGUGGGACAUGCGAGGGAAGCAGUUCUACAACGGCAUAGAGAUCAAAGUGUGGGCCAUCGCCUGCUUCGCCCCUCAGAAACAAUGUCGAGAGGAAGUGCUCAAGAACUUCACCGACCAGCUGCGCAAGAUCUCGAAAGAUGCUGGGAUGCCCAUCCAGGGCCAGCCGUGUUUCUGUAAGUACGCGCAGGGAGCAGACAGUGUGGAGCCCAUGUUCAGACACCUGAAGAACACCUACUCCGGCCUGCAGCUCAUCAUCGUCAUCCUGCCUGGGAAAACGCCCGUUUAUGCGGAGGUGAAGCGUGUAGGAGACACUCUUCUGGGCAUGGCCACUCAGUGUGUUCAGGUGAAGAACGUAGUGAAGACAUCUCCACAGACGCUCUCCAACCUCUGCCUCAAAAUCAACGUCAAACUCGGCGGCAUCAACAACAUCCUAGUGCCACAUCAACGGUCCGCGGUGUUCCAGCAGCCCGUUAUCUUCCUUGGAGCAGAUGUCACUCAUCCUCCAGCAGGAGAUGGCAAAAAGCCCUCAAUUACUGCAGUGGUGGGCAGUAUGGAUGCCCACCCCAGUCGGUACUGUGCCACGGUGCGGGUGCAGAGGCCCCGGCAGGAAAUCAUCGAAGACCUUUCAUACAUGGUGCGGGAACUCCUCAUCCAGUUCUACAAGUCCACACGCUUCAAGCCCACCCGAAUCAUCUUCUACAGGGACGGCGUUCCAGAAGGCCAGCUACCACAGAUCCUGCACUACGAGCUGCUGGCCAUCAGGGACGCCUGCAUCAAGUUGGAGAAGGACUACCAGCCCGGCAUCACCUACAUCGUGGUGCAGAAACGCCACCACACCCGCCUCUUCUGCGCCGACAAGUCCGAGAGAAUUGGGAAAAGUGGCAACAUUCCAGCAGGAACCACAGUCGACACCAGCAUCACGCACCCCUUUGAGUUUGAUUUCUACCUGUGCAGUCAUGCAGGUAUUCAGGGCACCAGCCGACCCUCUCAUUACUACGUGCUGUGGGAUGACAAUCGCUUCACUGCAGACGAGCUCCAGAUUCUCACCUACCAGCUGUGCCACACGUAUGUUCGCUGCACGCGGUCCGUGUCCAUCCCAGCACCCGCCUACUAUGCUCGAUUAGUGGCCUUCCGCGCCCGCUACCACUUGGUGGACAAAGAGCACGACAGUGGGGAGGGCAGUCAUGUUUCUGGUCAGAGUAACGGUCGGGACCCCCAGGCUCUCGCCAAAGCUGUUCAGAUUCACCAUGACACCCUGAGGACCAUGUACUUCGCCUGAUGGAUCUUCACUACACCCCCUGAUGGCCCGCGUGAGGGGCGCUGCAGGGCCCUACAGUGGCCUCAAGACACUCCUGACCUCCCUGCGCUCGAGCCAGUACACACAGCACCACCGGAACUACAAAAAACUACAAAUCCCACACACCUGAACAGCACUGACUUAAUGUGGAGCGUCCUGACCUCACCGCAUUUUUUACACGUGGCAGGGCUCCUUUCCAGUUGCUUUGUUUUUGUCCCUUUUUUAUUUUUAAGUGUGUUGUUGUAUACUACCUUCACGUUCCCGUACGUAUGUAUGUUCGUAUGCAAUAUGGAGGGGAGGAAAAUCCGAAGAUUUGACUGCCACCACGACGCUGCCUCUUUUUAGGCCUGUCCGGCAGGCUGCUCUCCAGUGUCCAGCCCCAGGCCCUUGAGCCCUAGUCUGGGCGAAGAAAACCGAAAGUGGACACCCUUGUGUUAUUUUAAUUCUUGCUCUUUUAAAGUACACUAUUUUUUAUUGUUUUCAGAUUUGUUUUUGUUUUUGUUGGUUUUUUUUAACCGUCUUGACGAAUGAAAGCUACAUUAGCACUUAGAGUUAGCAUGUAGACACAGUGAGCCUGGCGUCUUCGUCUACGUCUCCGUGCCGAAUCCUGCAGCCCAAGUACGCAUGCAAAGCGGUCCGAGAUGAACCGUAGCGUGCUAGGAAUGCUGGGAAGCGUAUCUUUCGGGGCGGUCACGAGUGUAGCCAAUCGUAUUUUAGACAUGCCUCCGUAGUCACACAGGGGCAGAAUUAGCAUAACGAUAGGUGGACUGUUGAGUGCAUUUACGAUACAUAUUACGUUACUUACUCUUUAAUCUACACACCGAAACCAGCAUUAUAAACCAGCCAAAUGUGAUGCCAACCGUUCAAGUUCGAAGAGGCACUUACCUUUUUACAACGUGCAUCUGUCUAUAUGCUUUCGUUUGGUCUGAUUGGUCUACUGGAUAGGAAAACGGACACCAUGCUUGCUCUCAUCACAGAUCUUGCCAGGUUUAGAUGAUGGAGCUUUCUUAUGACACGUUCACACGCUGGAGGUCUGCUACCCGACCCGAGCCCGACAGGGCCAGGUGAAAGAUCAGGAUUCAGGAUGAUUGUUUUUUAGAUCGUAGAUUAGUUUUUAGCAUAAAUUUCUUAAAAUAAAUUUUAGCAUAAAUUUCUCUCUCUCUCUCUCUCUCUCUCUCUCUCUCUCUCUCUCUCUCUCUCUCUCUGUCUCUCUCUCUCUCUC